CUAGCGGCAUAACUAAAAAUACUCCCGACGAAAUUGCAGUAUACUGAAUAAAAGAUUCAUUUAUAUUUUUAUAAUAUAAAUAUACAUGUUUUAUAUCUAUUAUAUUUGAUGUUAGCUAGGUGGUAACUACAGAUUUAUUCCACGUAUAGUAACAAUCACGCAAUCCUCGAAAUUACAGAAAUGCAAGGAUACUAUUAUGCAUAAAGGACAUUGCAAUGAUACUUAUAUAAUCACGAGGUCAAACGUGAAGCCGAAUCAUAUAGCCGAUCGUAGCAAAUAAAAAAUUAUAUAUAAAGGAUGACAAAAUUAAAUUCAACAUUCUAUUUACGAGAUUCAACAAAGCUUCGAAAUGAAGAUGAUCUAUGUGUUUGUCCUUUUAAUUGUGACUGCGGACGUUUUCGCACUUUCCACCGAAGAUGAGCUCCAGGAGUCGCUGCUGACAAAUAAAAACGAAUCCUUACAAUUGACGCCUGUCGAAGAACAUCAUCGUGAGCGUAGAGUCGUCUGUGAUCUUCUUAGUGGUUUCGGUGUUAAUCACAGUGUUUGCGCUGCUUACUGUAUUUACAGAGGGUUUAAAGGAGGAUAUUGUACCGAAACUGGUACUUGUGAAUGUCGCAUGGAGUAAAAAUAUGGCCAAUUUCGAUAAUAUAUCGUACGUUUUUUUGAUAUAAGAAGACUACUGGAUUAGAAUUUUGAUUCAAUUAUUGACAUAAUAUUAAGCAGAACUAAAGGAUAUGAUAGGAUAUAUUUAUUAUGUAGGGUAUAUUUAUCAUAAAAUUAAGUAAUUUGUGGCAUAUAAAAUAACAUAAUAUUAAUAAUAAAUUAAUAUGUUAUUCAGCA